UUUUAGGGAAUGUUUUGUUUGUUCUCAAACACUGGAUAUGCUGGGUCGAUGAACUGUUACUUCAGGAAGUAGAGCUGAGAGGACCAACUGAGAAGACAUCAUUAUUAUGGCAAGCAAGAAUGCAACACUUUCCCAGAAGUCUCUCUUCUAGGGAAGCACACACAUACUGUACUGCGAGAAAGCAACAUUUGGGACUUUUUAAAACACUGACUGUAACCUGGUCCAGCUUUCUCAGUGACUGCUGAAAAAGACUUUUCUUCUCCAACUUUAAUUUAGGCUACAAGACUAUCCUCAGAAGGAUUUACCAGCCCCUUCCCACACAACAAGAUGAUUGACCUAAGCUUUCUAACAGAGGAGGAACAAGAGGCAAUAAUGAAGGUGCUGCAACGGGAUGCAGAACUUAAAAGAGCUGAAGAAGAGAGAGUCAGGCAUUUACCAGAGAAAAUCAAAGAUGAUGUUCAGCUAAAGAAUAUGAGUGGGCAGUGGUUUUACGAAGCAAAGUCAAAGAGGCACAGAGACAAGAUACACGGAGCAGACAUUAUUAGAGCGUCCAUGCGCCGGAGGCCUGCCACUGUUGCUGAAGUGAGUCAGAACAAAAUGAGCAAAGGAAAGACCAGCUGGGUGAGCAAUGUUAAUAAAGAAGUCUUUGUGCCACCAGAUUUACACGGCAUUGUGGAACAUCAAGAAGAACAUCAACAACUGAAAACUAGUUCAAGUUCUAAACCCAUAACCUCUGUGUUAGACAACCCAGAGGAAAGGCCUAGGAAGGCAGCAGUGUCAUCAGUAAAGCAAAGGAGAAAUCCAUUUAAUUCCAUUGCAUCAGAUGAUGACAUGAACAGUGGGGAAUCAGAAAACAGACCAGCCAUUGUACCUCAGCUAUCAGAGAAGGAAAUUUUCUCGCUCUCAGAAGAGAGCCCACCUAAAUCAAACUUACAAAAUGAUGAAACAGAGAAACAUAAGAAACCUUCUGUAGAACUUACUGGUGAAUCACAGAAGGGAUUAAUUAAGCGUCCUGUCCCAAAAGCUAGAAAAUUAAUUCACAAAGCAGCAGAUUCUGUAUCACAAAGAGAAGACUUUGUUCCGAAACCAACCAAACAGACUGAGAGGAUUAAUGGCACUGGUACACCUCCCAGGGGCAUUCUAAAGCGCAGUUCAAGUUCAAGUUCCACUGACUCAGAAGUUCGUGUUAGUCAGAUGUUAGAUGUUCAGAAGAAGAAUGGUCUUUCUACUGCAACUAUUUUUGAAGGAGAUUCUGAGAAGAACUCUCUUGUGGACGAAGCAGAAGAUGGCACACAAAUUUCAAUGGAAAAACUAAAACAAGUGAGGUUUUCAUCGAGCACAAAUAAAGGAAGACUUCUGCAAAGCCCACAGCCCCACCAUGGUAAAGAAGGAGGAGAGCUUGAUUUGUUAGAAUCUGACCAAAAAAAGAUUAGUGGAAAUCAUGCUAUUGGAUCAGAUUCAUUUGGGGAUAAGCAAAUUUCUGCUGUGAAGCCUUCAGGGACCUAUUCAUCAGCUUUACAAAUGAAAACAAUAGGUAGUUUACAAGAAGAUACAUCUGCAUCCGACACUUGUGACACUAAUAGGUCAGUCUUCCUGGUUAAUAAAAGCUUGCAGACAAAACCAGUUUCUCCUAAGAAACUUGAAACUCCACAGAAGACUUCCAGCAAUAUGCUGCCAAAUAGCAAUAAUGAACUGAGUGUUGAUGAGUCACAUGAAAAUAAAUCCAACCAGAUCUUGAGCCAUGAAUUGAAGUCACAUGAAAACUUUACUGAUGAACAUCAACUCUCUGCUAAGACAGAAGCACAUGAGGUGUCAAAUAGCAAUUCUACAAGUCUUCAACAAGGUAAGCCUGAUCUUGUUGAGGAGAGAGAUGCUAAAACUACUUUCAAGCCUGACAAACAUGCUGAUGAACUCAUGAAGGUGGAUGAUGAAUCUGUAUCAAAAGUUUUAGAUUGGUUUAAAAGAAGUUCUGAUACUGAAGAUGGGGAACAUGCAUCAACUAGAUCCCAAGGCAGGGAGCCCAAACAGGAAAUGGACGUUUCAACCAGAACAGCAGUUCUUCCUACAGAGCGCAGUGGGCCUAGAAUGCAUGGAAGAACAGGAAUUACAGAAGAGUUACCAUUUGGAAAGAUUAAACAACAGAGCAGUGUUUCAUCAUCAUUUACUUCAGAAGAUGCUCAGCUGAUAAAGGAGAGGGAGAAGCCUGAAAAAGGGGAAGAGAAUAAAGAGCAAAAUGACAAACUGCUAACUGAAUUUGAUUGUAAAGGAGUCAAAGAAAAAGAACGUGAUCAAGAAAUCAAACAACAAAAUCAAAAAUCAAAUCUCUUGAGAGGUCAAGAACACAAGCUACAACCUCAGAAAUAUGAAUCAGAGAAGGCAAUACAAGAAAAAAGAAGAAUAAGGGAGAUCAGAGCAUUCUGGGAAAGGGACAAAAUUAUAACCAAUCAUGGAGAGAAGAAAGUCAGUACCAAUACUACUGCAUCAGGUGGCCGUACGUUGAAAGGUCUUGGAGAAAGUGACAAAAUAGAACCGACUGCAGUAUACCCACCUAAUGGGUUGCACAGUCAGAGCAAGAAUACUUUAAGUCCUCAAUUGAGUUCUGUGAGACAGGAUUCCAGAAAUGAACAUCAACAUUCUUUUGAGUUUGGACCAGGCCAUGCAGUUAAAAAGCCAGAAGGAACACUUGCGUCUGAUGAAGUUCAUGAAUGUACAGAACUGCCAAAAGCCAGUAAUUUGCAGUCCAGAUUUGGUGUCACUUCAGCCUCUGCAAAAAGCAAAGACAAAGAUGAGAAAGAAACACUUAAAGGAAAAACUUGUUCACAACAGAAGCCCAGCUUUCAAGUUUUUUCUUUAAAAGGAAAAAUGGAUGAAAAGUCCAAGAAUCUAAUUUCAGAUCCUUCACGGUUUCAGAGUUUGAGAAACUUCUGGGAUACUGGAGUUAAAUUCCAGAGCAGAAUUGACAGGGAAGAUGUUUCUUUGCCAAAUAAUAAUAGUUCAAUAAUCUAUGAAAGUAAAUCAAAGGAAGAUAAAAAAGGUAGAGGUAAUGUGAGCAAGCAAGAGUUAAUUCAACAACAAACCCAAACAUUUGAGAGAGAAAAACCACAGAAACAAGAUUCUCUGGUAUGCAAAAGGUCUCUAGGAUCUCCUACCAUGGAACGUCUGAAUGUGGCCCGCACACAAAAUACAGACUCUGUCCAGCUGAACAGAAAACCAGUUAUCUCAAAAUCCCAGGAAAAGACGAGUCUUCCGGAGCAAGAAGUUAAAGAAUGUAUAGGGGAAAGUAGUGUUUCACCAAAAUAUCAUGUUUCCUUGCAGUUGUUCCAAUCACCCAGUGAUAAAAAUGCUUUGAAGGAGACAACAGUAAGUGAUAGGCAAUGUUUACCUACAGAAAAAGUGGAGAACAAGACUAGUCCAUUGGAUAUCAGUCUCCCUAAGGAGGAAGUUGCAGAGACUGUGGAGAAAGUUGUUCUACCUAAAGGUGAGCUUAACGUAUUUAAAUCAGUUCUAAAGAAGUUAGAAAAGGAAGCCUCUGAGAUGUCAUAUAGCUUAAAUGUAAAAGAAAAUCUUUUGAAAGGGACAACUUUUCACUCAAAUCAGUGCAAGGUCAUUGAGAGAACAGUAGAAGAGAGCCAUGAUAUUUCUCCUGCUGAUCAAAAAGAAGAAAUGGGUAAAAAUACAAGAAAAGUGAAUAUGCCAUCAACAGAUGAGCAUGAGAACAAAAAAAGCCUCAGAAAACUGUUUAGGGAAUUUGAGCCUUUGCAUCUACAGCAUCAGGCAGCAGACAAGGAUGAUACUCUUGAGGGCUCUGGUUUGCAGAACCUGCUCAGAGAAACCUUUGUAUCUCAGCCUUCUGAAUAUAGAAGGGUGGGAAUGAAAGCAUACAAUGACAUGAAUAGUAUAUCAGAAACUAACAGCAGCAUAGAAUCAACAUGCCAAAAAGCUGCUGGUCAGCCUGAAGAGGUCCAUGAGACAAUAGAGAAGUCUGUUGCCCCAUCCAAGGACAGUGGCUUGAGUUCUGUCUUACAGAAGCUGCUGAGGGAGGCCUCUGAAACACCACCUCCUAAACCAAAACGUGCUGACAGCACUGUAAAGAGAGCUGCUGAGGUGGAAGUUAAAGGUAGGACUUACGAGAAUGACGGAGAGGUGCUGCAGGAAAUCAGUGAGAGGGUAGAAAAGUCUGUUGCCCCAUCCAAGGACAGUGGCUUGAAUCUUGCUUUAGAGAAGCUGCUGAAGGAGGCCUCUGAAACACCACCUCCUAAACCAAAACGUGCUGACAGCCUAGUAUGGAGAGCCGCUGAGGUGGGAGCUAAGUGCACAACCUAUGAUCAUGAUGGAGAGGUGCUGCAGGAAAUCAGUGAGACAGUAGAAAAGUCUGUUGCCCCAUCCAAGGACAGCAGCUUGAAUCCUGCUUUAGAGAAGCUGUUGAAGGAAGCCUCUGAAACACCACCUCCUAAACCAAAACGUGCUGACAGCCUAGUAUGGAGAACCGCUGAGGUGGGAGCUAAGAGCACAACCUAUGAUCAUGAUGGAGAGGUGCUGCAGGAAAGGGGUGAGGCCACAGAAGGAUCUGCACUGUCCAAGGUUGAAUAUAGAGUGUCUCAUGUUGAUUUUCAGAAGCUACCAAAAGAGUUCUCUGAACCACCAGCUUCUGUGCUAGAAAAUAUGGAUAAGAAAAUGCAAGGUAAAAUACGGACUAGUCUAAGUAUGAAUGUUCCACAUCAUCAAGAGAGAGAUUGUCCUCAAGAAAUACAAGAAACAGUAGAAAAAAGUUCUGUUUCACAUAUUGAAAAAUUUAGUGAAUUCAGUUGUUCUUUAGCAAAACCUGUUCAGAAACCAUCUACAGUUUCAUAUCCAAUAUCCAAAGAGUUACAUAGGCAAGAAAAGUUUGGAGAUCCUGCAUUUCCCUCAGAAAAAGAGACUCUAUUCACAACUGUAUCAGAGCCAUACAGUGUUUUAAGUAGCUAUCAUACACAAAUAAAUUUAGCUAUCAAAGGGGGACCUCUAGAACAAAAUGUCAAGGCUUCAGUAAAUGACCUUGCAAUAAGUGAAAUUGAAGCUUCUGCUCUUGAAAGAAAUGAAGUUAUUAAUAAAAUAGAAGAGAGAAAUGUGGUUCCAGUUGAUCUUACUCCCUUAGAAGACAAAACAAAUAUGAUUGCAAUCAAGCCAUUUCAGAUAAACGAAAAAGGAAGGAGAGACGAAAGCACAUCCUUGGAGGCCUCUGAACGGAAUUCAGAAUUUCAAGCACUGUUGAAUUUCAGAAGAGCAAGCACACCACUUAAAGAUGAUGGCAACUCGCCCCAGCCGAAAGAAGUUCUGCUCUGCCUAAUGUCUCAGCAUGAGGAUAAUGACGAAGAGGAAGGGGACAGUUUAAAUUUGGGAUCCAAGUCUUCGGAUGAAAACUGUGAUUCCCACUCUGGAACUGAAAGUUCAACUCGUUCUGAAGAAGAAUUAAACCCUGUUUUGAUGGCUUUGAAAAGGAGUGCAGAUAGGAAAAAGUCUUCCAAAAGUCUAGAGGACAUUCCAUCAGCCACCUCAAAUAAAGGAAAAAUAAAUAAUCCAAAGGAAGAAUUAGCUCUUAGUGCUGAAGAUGGUCCGAAACCUGAUCAGCAUCCAGAGAGGACUGAAAAUGCAACAGGAAUUUCCACAGUGCCUUCACAGCCUGAUAAGCUAAUUUCCAACCCUGAAAAACUUAAAGGACUUAGCAAGUCGGUACCAUCAUUCCUACAGGAAGAGAGUGAUGACAGAGAGACAGAUACAGCAUCAGAAAGCAGUUAUUCCUUUGGCAGAAUCAAGAAGAGUCCCAGCUCUCUAACCAAUCUUAGCAGCUCUUCUGGCAUGGCCUCCUUAUCCUCUGUGAGCGGAAGUCUAAUGAGCAUCUACAGUGCAGACUUCGGCAAUGUUGACGUGAAGGGUAACAUUCAGUUUGCUAUUGAUUAUGUAGAACAGCUGAAUGAGCUCCAUGUUUUUAUUUGCCAGUGUAAAGACUUGGCAGUAGCAGAUGUUAAGCGACAGCGCUCAGACCCGUAUGUAAAGACCUACCUGCUUCCGGAGAAAUACAAGCUGGGCAAACGGAAGACUUCUGUCAAAAAGAAAACAUUUAAUCCAGUCUAUAAUGAAAUCCUGCGGUAUAAAAUUGAGAAGGAUCUCCUAAGGGACCAAAGUCUUAACAUCUCUGUCUGGCACAAUGAUACCUUUGGGAGGAAUAGCUUCCUUGGUGAAGUGGAGUUGGAUUUAGGAACUUGGGACUGGAAUGAUCGAUCCAAUAAGCAGAUCAACUGGUUUCCCCUCAAGCCAAGGACUUCAACAAUGACUCUUAAUCUAGAAAACAGAGGGGAGAUGAAACUAGCCCUCCAGUAUAUCCCACAUCCCAUUGGAGGAAAGAAGACUCUAUCUACUGGCGAGGUCCACAUCUGGGUGAAGGAAUGCCAUAACCUUCCUCUUCUGAGAGGCAACAGGCUCAACUCUUUUAUUAAGUGUACCAUUCUUCCAGACACAAGCAGAAAAAGUCGCCAGAAAACACGGACAGUUGCAAAAACUGCAAACCCAGUAUUCAACCACACCAUGGUGUACGAUGGCUUUAGACCAGAAGAUUUGAAAGAAGCCUGUGUAGAACUCACAGUCUGGGACCAUAACAAACUAGCAAACCACUUUCUGGGAGGUCUCCGGAUAGGCCUUGGAACAGGCAAAAGCUAUGGAACUACAGUAGAUUGGAUGGAUUCUACUUCAGAUGAAACUGCCCUUUGGGAGAAGAUGAUGAACUCCCCAAACACCUGGAUAGAAGAUACACUACCUCUCAGGAUGCUUAUAGUUGCAAAAUUGACAAAAUAAGGUGGCUUUUUAAUUGCUAGUGUCAAAAGAAACCUUGGGAAUGAAAUUGAAGGUGUGGGGGGUGAAACUUGGAAGAGGAACACAGUAGCAGUUUUGACAGUUUUUGCUUUGUUGCCGUUCUGGUUUUGUGCUGUCAUGUCACUUCAUAUUUCAAAUUAAACAUUUGCCUACAGAACAUUAUGUAAAUUUGUAGUUGUACAUUUCAAGGAUAUCUAAGUUGCUUCUCCGAUGAAAGAAGCAUGACAUGAAGUGGUACUGUUGAUGUCCUACUCUACAAUGUGCAGAGGACUAAGUUCCAAUGUACUGUAAAAAAAAUCAGGGUUAUAAAAAGUUCGCUUUAUAUAUAUGUGUUAAUCAUCUUGCUGGUCUGCAAUAGUUACUCUGAAAUACUGAAGACAUAAAGGUGAUUUUUUUUUUUAUUCCAGUGCUACUCGUAAGGAUCUAAAUGUUCCAAUUUUAGUGAUGACAAGUAUGUUGGUAUUUAUUCUUUAAAGUUUGUACCUGUAUCUAUCAGCUUGAUUUUUAGCAAGAAGUAACUUACCUGUGCUUCAGCGCCACCAUUAGGGGACUGCUGGGACUAUGGUGGUCUUGGUUCCAAAUAGUUUUGCAGCAUAGGAAAUAAGACUGGAAUUUGUAACUUGUAGAAAUGCAUGCUACUAAUAAAUAAUAAAUGCAU